GUCCAUCUCUAUUAAUCUGCUCUGUGUUGUUUCUCUGCUGCAGGUCAGAGCAUCUCUGCUGCGAUCGGAGGGGAGGUCACUCUGCCAUGCAGGGCUGAGGGAUACAUGCCUCUGGAACUGAUGGAGUGGAGCAGACCUGGAACACAUCUACAAUAUGUUGUGAUUUUCAGGAGUCAAAGCCGGGAUCUAGAAAUCCCAGAACAACGCUAUGAGGGCCGAGUAGAGCUGAAGGACAGAGAGAACGGAGACGUGUCUCUGGUUCUGAAGAACGUGACGGCUGAGGAUGGAGGAACAUAUCAGUGUUAUGUUAAGAGAGACACAGACCGCAUGAAGAGAGCCAUUCAACCUGUCAGCACCGUCUACCUGGAUGUUCUUCCUCCUCCUCCUUUAGAGGACCUGGAUUCACGAAGGGAGGAAGGAGAGAACAGGGAUGGAGGAAACAAGGAUGAAGAGCAAACGCGUGGAAACCGUGGAGGAUCUGUUACAGCUAUUGUAGCUGUUGUAGCUGCCUGUGUUGUAAUGGCUGUUAUAGUUUCAGUGAUGGUUGUUGCUGCAAUUAGAUGGAAGAAGAUCAGGAAUUAUAGAUGUUCUCCUCAGGAUGAAGCAGAAACACCUCAGGACAACUGUCUCUGUAACAGCAUCCAUCCAGGCAGCAUGACUCUGCAUUAGCCUUUUUUU